CCCUGUUUUCCUUACACUUUGCACUAACCAUCCAAAGAUAGUGACAAAUUUAUGAUUCUUGACUGGGAGGUAUGGCAGGACGGCUGGCCUCUUGGACUGGGCCUGGGCACCCUGAAUCCGGGAGCCGGGGCGGUCAGGAGCGUCGGCUCCUCCUCCUCCACCGCGGCAUUCACCCCGUCCCACUGCGUCUCGUCCGUCGCUUCGUCUGAUCUGGACACAGAGUCGGCGUGGUCUUUGCCGCGCGCUGGCGGCGGCGGCGGCGGCAUCACGCUGGCGGCCCUGAUCGGCCUGGUGGACGCUAUGGAGAGCCGGCGCAGCAGGCGCCGGGGCGAGAGGGCGAGCAGGAGCGGCAGGCUGCGGGCGCUGCUGCUCUCGCUCUGCCUCCGGAGCCACCUGGAGAACGGCGGCGGCGCGGCGCCGUCGCUCGGCCAGUUCCUCGAGAUGGAGAGGAGGGCUAGCGGGAGCAGUGGCCAUCUCCACAGGAUGCUUCCGUGGAACCGUGACUGACGAGCCUGUAUCCACGAUGCAACCGACGGAGGAAUAAGAUUUGCAUGUUGUUAUUCUUAAAAAAAAAAGAUUUGCAUGUUGUCGCUCAUUUUUCUUCUUUUUUGAGGGACAUGUUUUUUUUCG